AUGGGUAGACGGACGCAAGCAAGGGACAUUAGACAGUAUGGCAUGACCGACCUGACCACAACCGGCCCAAAAGAAAGCUAUGUCAAAACCCUGCGGGCCAGCUACCAAUUCACCAACAAGAAAAUGGAGACCAUACAGCAGCAGGUUACCAGCAAGCUCAACAUUGUCACGGCCAGGGGGGCUGCACACGAUGACGAAUACGAGAGCAACUGCCUGGCGGAGUGGCCAGCCAGCCGCAUCAUUCGGCUGCAUACCGCUGGAGACAGUGCUGCAGCGGGUUUGCAUUGUCUGUGUGCCCCCAAAGGGCAAGGGGGCACAGGCACCCAGUGCCAGUGGGAAGGGUCAACUAUAUCCCAAGUCAACACCAUCCAUCGGCUAAAGGCAUUAUCUCCUUCCACCAUCAGACGAGUUUUUGACCCGAACAGUUCUCGAUCCCGGAGCCUCAGGGGGCACAAGUACGUGCUCUACCAGUAG